AUAUAUAUAUAUAUAUAUAUAUAAAGAGAGAGAAACUCUCCACUCCUGCUUUGAGAAAAGGAAAGUGCUUCUUCUGCUUCUUCAUAGAAACACAGUUUGUGUUAACACAUCAGGAAAGGAAAAAAAAAAAAACAAAAAACAACAGAAGAAGGAAAGAAGCCAAUCUCUUCUUCUCCAUGGCAACAACACAGUGGUUCUCUCAAUUGGAGAUGGAUGAGGGCAGCUUCUUCCAGCAGUGGGAGGAAACAGCAGCAGCAGCAGCAGACAGCCUGCAUCACUUCACAGAAGAGCAGCUCUCCAUUCUGGGCUUUGGGCAGCAGGACCAGCAGCAGCAGCUGGCACAAGCCAUCUGCACAGACAAGCCCAGGAAGGUGGCCCCAAAGUCCUGCAGCUGGGACUCCUGCAUCACCACCACCACCACCACCACCACCACCACCACCACCACUGACCAGAGCUCAUCUCCCAGCUUCCUCUCUUUCAGCAACUCAGAUGUGGAGCAGCCCAGCUGCCAUCUGCAUGACCACCACCACCAGCAGCUCAAGAAGGAGGAGGUGGAGAUCUCCUUCCCCCACCAUCAGCAGGGGGGGGUCAAGAGGAAGUUUGAAGCCUUGGUUAGUGAGGGGUUGAGGAAGGUGAAUACUACUACCACUGCUGCUACUACUAGGCCUGUUUCUCAGAACCAGGAGCACAUCAUUGCAGAGAGGAAGAGAAGGGAGAAGCUUAGCCAGAGAUUCAUUGCUUUAUCUGCCAUCAUCCCUGGGCUCAAGAAGAUGGACAAGGCUUCUGUUCUUGGGGAUGCAGUCAAAUACCUGAAACAGCUGCAGGAGAAGGUGAAGACUCUGGAAGAGCAAUCCAGGAAGAGAACAGUCGAAACCGCGGUCCUCGUGAAGAAGUCGCAGCUCUCUCCCGACGACGAGAGCUCCUCCUGCGACGGCGAGAGCUCCGCCAUCGACGGCUCCUCCUGCGGGCCCGAGAUCGAAGCCAAGAUGUCGGAGAAGAGCGUGCUGGUCAAAAUCCACUGCGAGAACCGGAAAGGAGUCCUCGUGAGAGCGCUCUCGGAGAUCGAAAGCCACCGCCUUGCGAUCGUCAGCACGAGCGUCGUUCCCUUCGCGGGUUCUUCGAUCGAUAUUACAGUGAUGGCUCAGGUUGAAGAGGGAUUUUCAAUGACAGUGAAGGAUCUUGUGAAGAAUCUGAACUCAUGUUUCAAGCAGUUCAUGUGAAGAAGCUAAUAAAUAUGAUCUCUUUUUUGCAUUAGUACUCUUGGACAUAUAUAUAUCUAUAUAUAGACAUAUAUAUAUAUAUAGAGAGAGAGAGAGAGAAAGAGAGAGAGGCUAAUGUUUAGUGGCAUUUCAUAAUGCUUUUAAUUAGGGCUCUCCUUUUUCUUCUACCAGAGGCCUGAAGUUCCCUCAGAAGCAUUGAGAUCACCAUUUUUCACU